CAAACACCGAAAAUUUACCCAAAUAUAAAACAGAUUGUAUGUGUUAUCGGUUUUACAGAACAACAUGAUCAUCACUAAUAGGAAAAGGCACGACUUGUGUGAUUGCGCUCUAGGGGCCAAGUGAAUCCCCAAAACAUCACCACGAAACCCUUGAAGGGAGUGUUUCUCCGCCGGGGAGGAUAAUACAACAAAAAAUUGACGAAAUGGGCAUCAACAUUACCUUGUUAUUGAUCCUUUUGUUCUUGUGUAAGAAUUGUAAUAGUAGCGACAGUAAUAGCAAUGUAAAGAACGGAGAGAUAGUAGAAGUAAAGGGUGAGCAUGAUGUGGUGUGGAUCGUUCAGCUCUCUGAUCUUCAUUUUAGUGUUCAUCGUCCUGAGAGAGCUUCUGAGUUCCAGAAAUUUAUGGGUUCAACUCUAUCCAUGAUCAAUCCUUCGUUGGUUUUCAUCACUGGCGAUCUCACUGAUGGUAAAAGCAAGGAUCUAUUGACAAUGAAGCAGAAUGAAGAAGAGUGGAUUGAAUACCAAAAUACAAUGGAAAAUGUUAUCAACAAGAGUGGCCUUGAUAAGAGCAUCUUCUAUGAUCUUAGGGGAAAUCAUGAUAAUUUUGGUGUUCCCACAACAGGUGAUUCAUAUGAUUAUUUUUCAAAAUAUAGCAUCACUGGCCAAUUGGGAAGAACUCAAUCUGUCAAUAGUGUUACUCUGCAGAUGGGCCCACGAGAUCUUCUAUUUGUUUCAUUCGACAGCACAACAUCCACAGGCUUACGCGGGCCCACAAAUGUAUUCGGCCAUCCAACCGACCAACUGUUAACCGAAUUAAACUCUCAUCUCUCACAACAUGACGCCACGUCAGCAAAACCAUUAACCAAAAUCGCCCUUGGCCAUUUCCCUCUUUCAUUCUCCGCAUCCACAAAUUCCAAAAAUACCCUCAAACACAUAUUCCUCAACCAUUCCAUAUCCGCUUACCUUUGUGGCCAUCUCCACACAAGAUUUGGUAACAAUUUAAAACGACACCAUGAAAUAAACUCCUACAACCUUUUCCAACUCAAUAUCCAUGAAAAGACUCAAUCAAGUAGCACAAUUUGCCCAAAUGAAAGUCAAAAAGUCAACGAAUUUUGGGAAAUGGAAAUGGGCGAUUGGAGGAAAAGCCGAUCUGUGCGUAUCAUGGCAAUCGAUCAAGGGCAUAUUUCAUUCAUGGAUAUUAAUUUCAAGAAUGCAGUUAAAGAAAUCUUGAUAUUGCCUACAUUUCCAUUAGAUUCGCGAUAUUUAUCAACAACCAUUUUGAACAAAUACAAAUGCCAAUCAUUAGAUGACACGUCACACUCACACAUCAAAGCUUUGGUUUUUUCUUCAAAUGUAAUAAAAAAAAUUACCGCGAAAAUUUACGAUUCUACCCAUGGGGAUCUUUACAUGGUUCUUGAAACACCCAUGAGUGAAAAUGGAGAUCAUAUAUACACGUCCCCAUGGAAUUCAAAACCUUUCAUUGAUCCAAAUCCUACACGAUAUUGGCUACAAAUUGAAGCAAUUGACAUCAAUGAUUUAACAAUUUCAUCAAAUUUGAUCCCUUUUUCAUUAAACGGUUUUCGUGCUAAUCUUUCAUGGACAUGGAAGGAGUUUUUUGUCAUGGGGUGUCAAUGGGAGGGAUUAUACUACCCGAUUUUUUGGUCUUUUUACCUUCUCAUGUUCAUGGUUCUUGUUCUACCAAAAUUCAUUACCCUUUUGUGGAAAAGGCAAUACACUUAUCUUUUUUACAAGGCGAAUAAAGGGCUUUUUAGUCUUUUGACAUGGGUUUUCACCGAGGUGCAUAACAUCCAGUUUUUGUGGAAAUCAAUGUUGGCGUAUUUGUUGUACCUUUUACUAUGUCCAUGGCUUUUAGGUCAAGUUUUUACUGAAGGUGGUGAGAGGGGGUAUAUGACAUAUAAAGGAUGGGUGGUGGAUUUUAAAGAUUUAAAAAAAUUGGAGUUUAUUGGGUUUCCAGAUGUAAUGGUGAUUGUGAUUCCUCAUUUAUAUUUUGUGGUGUUACCUUCUUUUUUUAUAAUUUUGGGUGUGGCUGCUGAAAGGGCGAUUUAUCAAGAUCAUGUUUGUUCAAUUUCGGGAAAGAAAAGAGAUGAUUAUGAGGGUAAUUAUGGAAGAUUAAAUUCAAGAAAUAAAUUAAGUGGUUUUGUUUUAGAGAAGUUGAGGAAAUGGAGUCGAAGUAUACUUUUGAUUCUCUCUUUGGCGAUUUGUUGGAAGCAUUUUAAGAGUUGUUGGGCUCUUAUGAAAGCUUAUGAGAUGAAUCCAGUGGUGCAUUUUCCAUUUUAUAGUUUUUCAAUCCCAAUUUUAUUAGCUUAUGUUUUCUACAAGACAAAAAGACUACACAAUACACACCAGAUUUAGGUCUGUAAGGUUCAGCAUGAAAACAAAUAUGACUUAAUUUGGUAAGCUAUAUUAUAUAUGAAUAUGUUUCUUUUUUACUUAAUACCAAAAGCUAUGUUAUUAAGUA